CAGGCCGGUUGUAUUUGUCCGCCUCUGUGUAAAGACACGCAUUGUAGAUUUAGUUUAACAUUAAAAUGAAAGUUUGACCCUGUGAGUAACAGACUCGGGACAGAGUUAGUGUUGUGGUUGCUGUGUCGGUUUAGUUUUUGUGCUCGACGUGAGUCGACAUGAAGCCGCCUCCUCGGAAACGAAAGAAACCAGAUCGCAUUUACCAGCAAAGUGGACCACCUUCAGGGAAAAAGUCCUCUCAGUGGCAGCCGGGGGAGCAGAGGAAUCUCCUGAAAGCCCUGAAAAGACUCGGCAAGACCACAUUAGGAAAGGGAGAUAUCGACUAUGACUUCCUGAAAACGCACGUGUCUACUCGGUCCACUUCAGAGAUCCAGUCUGUGGUGGAACACCUGAAGAAUGAAGUGAUCUCACUGGCCGUCUCCCAGCUGCAGAAGAAGAAAUUGGAAGAGAGGAAUGACAGAAAGCCGAUUGAGGAGUGGACACACAUGGCCUCUGUUACGACUGGAACCCUGGAAGACCCCAUUUCCACUGCUUUCUCUCAGAUGCUGAUAGUGUCGUCCACAGAGCCCCGCACCCUGAGGAACCGUGACCCUCCCCAGAUCUACAGACCACCCAGAGAUAAAGAAAAGCCUUUUGCUCGCACCAUCCCUUUCAGACCAAUGCCCCAUGCACCGGUCAGAGUUGAGCAUCCUGGCACCGACAAAACUGCUCCUGUCUUAGUAAUCAAGACUCCAGCACCAGCCAUGGGCCCGGCCAAAAGACUCCCAGCACCAUCCAAAGUGAUCAGAGUGCUGAACAGCAAAACGUCUCCACCACAACAACAGAUAUCAGCUACAACCUCAUCUGUUGCUAUCCUUACCUCUCAGUCCACUGCAGCCUCCACCUCUCAGUCUGCUGCUGCCUCCACCUCUCAGUCUGCUGCUGCCUCCACCUCUCAGUCCACUGCAACCUCCACCUCUCAGUCUUCUUCCACCUCCACCUCUCAGUCUGCUGCUGCCUCCACCUCUCAAUCUGCAGCUGCCUCCACCUCCACCUCUCAGUCUGCAGCUGCCUCCACCUCUCAGUCUGCUGCCACCUGCAAGCCAAAGGCAGCAAAAAAGCUCAAUGCACCUUCUACAUCCUCACAAACUGUGACAGCACUGACAGGAAAAGUCACACCCACUUCUGGCUCUCCUGCUCUAUUAAAGACCAAGAGUGGCAGCUCUGCAGCCCAGACUACCCAGCAGCCCUUAGAGCAACGCUUCACCACCUCUACAUCAAAAUCUACUUCAUCCACGCCUCCCAUACCCAGCCAAACUCCUGCCCCCAGCAAUGCAUCAUCCUCAAAUGCGUCCCCCUCCAACUCCGCGCCCCCAUUCUCCACCUCUGCCGCAGCAUUUCACGCCAAGUUUGGUCACAACUAUGCCACAGAAGACAGUCCCCCGGUGUUUGGCGUCAAGGGCGUAGUGGACUUUGAGAGGAUCUAUCGCUACCUGAGUGUUAACCACAAGCCCAAUGAGGACUGCAGUCUCACACCCAUGGAGAGUGCUGUAGUGUUGGACCUGUUGAUGUCUCUCCCAGAGGAGCUCCCCCUGCUGGACUGCAACAAACUGCACAAACAUCUGAUAAAGAUGUACCGAUACCUCUCUUCCCCCGCUGACUCCAAGAUGUCAGAAGAAAUGUUCAGAGAGCUGCAGGAAGGACUCAGCGCUCAGACAGAGGAACCCAGCGGUCCAAGCAGCAACGAAACAAACGGUCAGCAGAACUCUGUGGCGACAUCCAAUGGUGGUGAUGUCACUGACAUCAGUGCGAAGACGCUGCCGCCGGGUGACGCUGAGAGCCAAUCAGCAGGGAGCAGUAACAGACUCAGCCCCCCUCCCCUCAACCCUUUCAUGGUGCCACUCAAACUGCUGAAGCGCAAGUAGCUCCAGUUCAAGGAGUGUCAAACUGAUGUGCAAUAGUUUGUAUAGCAUGUUUGUUUAUUUUCUAUAGUAAUUUAUUUUUAUACUAAUUCUAGAGUUGAGCUCCAGGUUGUUUGCUUACUGUUCGGUCAGGGCUUGAGGAUGGAACCCGAGUUCCCAACUGAAGCUCCAGUAUCGAAUGUCCGCUCAGAUUCAUUGUCUUGUUUUUUACUUCUUUGAUCAGAUAGUGUCUUAUCUGAUCGGAUAGUUUCUCAUUUAAAUCAGAAUUCUGUCAAUUUCAGACAUUUCCCUUUUAUUCAGGCAAAGUUCUUGUUCAGUUCUGAAGACAUUAAACACUGAUUAAACUCUUUAAAAAGAUAACUCGACAUGAAUGCAGAAUCUGUAAGCAAUGGGACAAGAUUUUGGUUUCUGUAUGUAGUCUGAAUAAUGUCGACCAAUAGUGUUUCAGCAAGCCUAGGUUGCUGGUAAACAGUCUGUGUUCAAAGUGAGGCAGAACAAUCUUGAAACCCAUCAGCUAGAGUCGGAUGACGAUGUAGCUUUGUUUUAGCUUUGCAUUAUGUUUUUGGGUUGUGUGUCUCAUUCUCAUAAACGUGAUGUCUUACUGUCACCUCGAGGGAUUUUUUUUUUCUUUCCAGAUUUUGCACAAAUGUUCCUUCAGACUCAAGUGUAAACUCAUUAGAUUUUGGUGGUCAAAGGUCAUAAGUCAAGGUCCACAUGACCUUGCAUCCAGUGAAAGUGCCAUCUCAAUGAAGCCUUGAGAGAUUUUCUUUAACUUUGUUAAAAAAAAUCCACUUUGAUUCAACAAUGAACUGGUUAGAAAUUUGUGGUCAAAGGUCAGUGUGACCUUACAUCUCUCUCACUUUGUGAAGGCAAUAUCCCAAGAAGGUCUUGAAGGAAUUAACUCAAAUUUGGCACAAACGUCCACUUGGACUCAAGGAUGAACUGACUAGAAUUGGUGAUAAAAGGUCUGGGUCAGUAUGUUUUAAUUAAUCAUUUGCGUUAGAAAAUGUCAGAAAAUAGUGUAACAUGCCUGUUGCAAUUUCUCAGCAUUUUACUCAGUUUACUGUAACACAGACUCAGCAAUGCUCACGUCAAAAGCCAGAAGUGGUGGAUUUUCCUAUUUUUUUCCUAUUUUAGCUUCAAAUAUUACUAAAAUGGUUAUUUCAUUAUCAAAAAUACUCUCUGCGUAUGUUAAGACCUAAUCCAUUCAUUAUCUUUUUGGGUUGUCCGUCCCAUUCUAAAAUCUGGGCAGAGGGAAUUUCCAGCUCAGCUCCUGCAAUAAAUCUGAAAUACACGGUGUAAACUUAAUUGUUGCAUUCAUACUGUUAAGUGCAAAAAAUGCUCCAUUGAAACCCAUUCAAACUGCAAUGUUUGAUCCCACAGCCAC